UGCCACCAUAAAAAUCUAUCUUUUUUUUUAUCUGUACUUUGAAUUGUCUUCAAUGGCCACUCACUCUUUCCACGAAGAACCCUAAUCUCUUCCCCCUCCCUCUAUAUAAUCCCCUCUUUUCUUCUUCCUCCAUUAACCUUCCCUAUUCACUUUCCUUACCCCACAAGUUAUCACAUCAAGUCGUGAACACCGAGUUUGCCCAAAUGGAGCUCAACAUCGCUGUCGAUUUCGAGGACUACUUCCCGUCGAUGAUGGAGCGGCUAGGCGCCGAAGGUUUCAUCGGCGAGCUCUGCAACGGGUUCCGGCUGCUGAUGGAUGGCCAGCGCGGGCUAAUAACGUUCGAGAGCUUGAAGAAGAACGGCGUUAUUCUGGGAUUGAAUGACAUGGGGGACGAUGAGAUCGUUUGCAUGUUGAGUGAAGGGGAUAUGGAUGGAGAUGGGGCAUUGAACCAGAUUGAGUUUUGCAUUCUCAUGUUUAGGUUAAGCCCUGGGUUAGUGGUGGAUGAUAAUAUUUAUUAUGGAUCAAGGCAAUGGGUUGAAGAAUAUAUAUGAUUAUGGUGCUGCAUAUAUGUAUGAUAAUAUUUGUAAAACUAGGCUUCCCCCAUAAAUUUCAUCUUAUUUCUUGCUGGUUUUUUUAAUUUAA